CGAAUGGUGAAAUGUGACAGUGACAGCUGGUUUUGUCAAGUGAAAACAAUCCAGCAGAUAAUAAUUUAUAAAUUAUUUUUAAUCGUAAAAAGGUUAUACAAAUACAACAAAAUAAUUGAUUCUUUUUAGAAUUUCAUACAAAUAAGCACAUUGUAUCUGGUGAUCGGAUAAGGAAAUGUUUACGAUGCGCCUGAAAUUGGGUUCAGAUAGAAAUAAAGAAUGGACAUCUUGCUUUUGUUUGCAUGUUCGAACAGCUACAAUCCUAUUUGGGAUAUGGCAUUUGGUGCUUCAUAUUUUGGCUCUGACAGUACUGGCACUGAUGAUGCGCAAUCAUCAUGUGAUUCUCCAAAAGAACGAAGACCUACAAACUGAUUUCUUGCCUACCCCUCUAAGCAAAAAAGAUGAUGACAAUCCCUACUAUUUGCCCACAACUCAGGAUAGCCGCAAAAUAUACACAUCUGACAUCGAUAUGGGAGCCCUAAUGACGGUUUGUACCUUAUCCAUUACCCUUCUUAUGGUCUACGGAACAAUUAAAGGAAAACCGACACAUGUCCUCCCAUUCUUCUGCCUACAACUUUUCGAUUUUGCCAUUACAGCUCUAACCGCAACUGGAUACUUUUGCUACUUGAGAUCUGCUCAUCGCCUAAUCGCAGAAAACUGGAACCUUCCUCUGCGCCAAGAACUUCUCCAGUUGAGCCCGCAAGUUUUGACGCUCAUAGUGUUGCUGGCCUUCUUAUUUUCAAUGUUAUGGAAGGCAUACUGGAUCAGUGUAGUUUGGAGAUGCUACAAGUACCUAACCUUCCGCCAACAAACUAACCGAAACGCCAUUCGAUACAUCAUUCCUGAAUCCGACCACCGUGGUAUCACCGAUCCAGAUUAUCCGAACCUGUUCCGCGAUCAAGAGGCUGUCUUUGGUGUUUUGAAACAGACUCCGCCUCCCUCAUAUCAAGAUGUUAUGGAUGAACAACCGCCACCAUAUCCUUGCACUACGCAAGUCGUACAGGAGACGCCAAACAGAUUUAGGAUUAUACAGAACACUACGGAAAAUCAGGAACCUAGCACCUCCGCCGAAGCUGUCAAUGUCACACCCGUAAUCGAAACUAGUGCUGAAGUAUCACCUGCUGUAGUACCAGAAUCUCCCGUAUCCCAACAACCCGAAGAGCCUGAGUUACAACCAGAAGUAGGUAAAGCCGAAGCCGUUGAAAUCGUAGUUGAAGCUGAUGAGCCAAAGAAGGAGACCGAGCAAGACCCAAAAGUUGAGUCACCCACUAAGAAAGUUGCUGUCGUCCCACAAAACGAAAACUAGAUCUAUCAUCUUCAAAAUUUAAUUCACUUUUUGGGAUUUUAUAUAUCACCCAAUUUGCUCCAAUUUUUAGCUAGUUCUCAUAAAUAAAUUAAAAAAAUGUUUUAACUUUCAAUCACUUUGCAAUGUGAUUUUUAUUUUGGGUAUACAUGUUAAAUAAGAGUGCUUUAAUGACAGUUGCAUAGUGUAAGGCCAUUGUCCCAUCAAAGCUACACGAUGUCGUCACGUUUCACGAUGUAUCUUUAUUUUUUAACCUAUGGUUUAUAUACACCGUACUCCCACCAACGCUCCUGCAAAAAGACAUUCAAGUUAUGUGUCGGUAUCUUGUUGCCGCGACUCAACACACUCGACAGAUCAGUUUAAUAGAAAGAUUCAAGCUGUGUGUGCGUUAGUCAAUCGUAUUCAUAUCAUCGUCUUCACUUGAUGAAAUUGUUCACUGAACUAAAUGUAGUAGAGACACAGCAUAGAAAACGCAACAGCAGUGACACACUAGAAGGCGGGAGAAAAGUUCGCGCACUAUUACUGCGCAGAUCGUCGGCUAUUUUCCUCGUAGUACCAGACAGUGUAGAUAAUCGAUAGUGUUGCCGAUUUGUACAUAAUUAUCAGAUUUACUUAACUUUUAUGACAUUCUGAUAAUAAAUAUUUUUUAACAUAAUUUUAUACGUAUGCCUGUGGGAAUUAUGUCAAUAAUUGGGACAUCACACAAAAUAUUGACGAUGAAUGGCGAUUGUAAUCUUUUGCAGAAAUUCCAGAAAAUAUUCAAAAAGAAUCUCUUACGGGUAAUAAAGUUAGUACAACAACUGAUACUGCAGCAGUGCAGAAAUAAAAAAAAAUCCCGUUUUCUGAGAUAUCGUUGUCUGUCGACUUUUAAAUGCGAUCUGUGGCCAAAUAUUAAAUUAGUGUUAGCAAAAGUGAAGGAGUAAAAGAAUGUUACUCCUUUCAAACAGACAAAAAAUGUUAAAUUAUUGUAAUCACAUAAAGUCUUCAUUUUCACAAGAUGAGGACGAGGAAAUUUUAUUUGAAAGCGUUCCAGAUGUAGUUUUAUUAUAGCAUAAUAAUAAUAUAUUACAUAUAAUUUUGUUACAAGUAUUUUUGAAUUAACAAGUUGAAUAAAAUAACUGUUUUCUUAAUGUAUUUUUACUACCCUUAGAAACUACUAAGAUCAAAAAUUUUAACAUAAUUUUUCGCAAAAUCUGAUCAUUUUAGCAGUGGCUUAAUAUAAUUUCAUAUAGUGACAUCGGCAACACUGAUGAACGAACACAUCACAUCACCACUGAGAUGUAUUAGGUACGCGAAAAUGGCGACUCUGUUCUUUUCAACUUCAAAGGCGGCAUCGGGGAGUGUCCUUGCUGGUCUAGUUUAUUAUGCUGUGGUAGAGACGUAGAACACACACGUUGCUUUGAUAGGACAACUCCAUGUCGCCUGCCUGUGCCAUAUCGAAAUCAUGUCGCUGUUGCGCAGAUUUGGUGAGACAAGGCCCUUAGACCAUCAGCUGUCGUUGAGUCACUCUAUAAUUCGUACAGAAUCAUAUUCUGUCGUGCACUGUUAUUAUAUGUAGAGAUAUUUAUUUGGUUACUUAAUGUUACGAUAGUGUAAAUGAAAAGCCUGUACUUUAAAUAUAUAAUAAUAUCUUCUAGAGUUAAUAUAAUUGAUCUUAGUUAUUAUCGUGGGUAUUUUAGAGUGAAAUAAAUAAUGUAGUUUAAGUGUUA